AUGGCUCCGAUCUACGGGCCAGAUGCUGUUGUGCGCUAUGUAUUGCGUAACCACUCUCCACCAAUCAAAUCUAUUGAGCUUGACCUUGCCAUUAUCGGAGUUGAAGCCGUCAUUGAGCUUAUCAGGGAACACUUCGACGGUUACGUCAUAACUUCCCUGGGAGUAUGA